GAUAACAUCCGGUGAGUGACCUGGACUGGUCCGUCCUCCAACAUCAAAUUCUUCAUGUAACAGCGGGUCAUACCUGGUCAAGAGCACAAACGUCAUGGGUUUCGAGGAGAAAAUGGUCCUAACCGGGGAACCCGAAGAUGAAGAGGAGGAAGACGAGGAGGAGGAAGAUAUGGUGGACCCCCUUGAGGUGGUGCGGGACAAGUGUGCGCAGGCAGAGCACUGCGUCCACGCCAGGGCGAAACUGGAGGACUGCGAAUCCAGGGUCGGCUCCAAGUCCGAAACCAGAGAGGACUGCACUGAGGAGCUUUUUGACUUCCUCCAUGCGCGGGACCACUGUGUGGCUCACAAAGUCUUCCAUUCUGUCAAGUAAAGUCCCUCCAGCUCCCUGCACUACUGGUGGAAGUUCCCGGUCAGAUAUAGACAACUACCAUUUAACUGAAAUACCUGGUUUUAAAGGAUUCCUCUGAGUCUGUUGUAACCUCAUACACACUGUAUCUGUUCAUGUGAAUAAAUUAUAGAUUAAGUGUUGAA